UUUUCUCCCUUGAGCGGUGUCACCGUGUUAUGGUUCCCCCUCGAGUGCGGACGUUCACGUGAAGCUCAGUUAAUCGUGAUUUCUUCUUAAUAAUUCGUCAGAUAUUAAAAUAUUAAUCCAGCAUGCAUUUAACUCAUACACUGGAGCUUUUUCCUGACCACAAAGUGACUCAAAUGCUCUUCAAGGAGGUCAAAAACGCCGCAGAGUUGAGACAGAGUGCGGUGGCGGGGAAAAUAAGUGGAGCACUGAUCAACCCAACCAUGCUGCUGAAUCCUUUCCAAGUGCUGGUAGCUGCCAACAAAGCUGUUAACUUAGAGAAAACUGGAAAGAUGAAGACCAGAAGUUUAUACUCAGAAAUAAUCUUCAACCUGUCACCUACUAAUAAUAUUUCAGAGGCGUUUAAAAGGUUUGGGAUCUCUGAUGGCGAUGACUCCGUCCUUGUGGUGCUGGUUCACAACAAAGACGAGUCCCAGCUUCUGUCAGACAUCACAGCCGCGGUGGACGGACGGCAGGUUCCAGUAGAAGAUAUUUCCUCGCUGUCAGACCAGACAAAGAUCAAAAAGCUGUAUAAAAUCACUCCCCAGGAGGAGAAGUGUGGGACUCUGCUGGAUGCAGUUGUAUGCAGGAUGGCCAUCAAGGACGUGAUGUAGCACCAACAAGAAAAAAAGGACCAAAACAGGACUUU